GCCUUCCAUCCAGGCAGCAGCCGGAACCCGGAAGUGCUCUGCGUGAUCCUGAGGUAACCACGGCAACCGGAGCCGGUAACGUGAUGUUCCGGGCAGUAGGACCUGUAAAUAAAAUUCAAAUCAGCGGUAGACCUUAAAUCUUCCUCCAGUAUGUUGUUGAUCCCAGCAAACUAAGAUUGUAGAUUAAUCACUGCAAGUGCUUAACAACAUGGGUGCUGAUCAGAGUUCAGAAUCUGAUAUUCGGCAUGGUGGUGAUGGCUCUUCAGCUGUCCCAUCUCCGGCUAAACAGAGAGCAAAAAUGGAUGACAUUGUAGUUGUGGCUCCAGGGACCCAAUCCAACCGAAACAUCAGCAAAGAUCCUGAAGUUAUCAAGUUACAAGAGAUUCCCACAUUUCAGCCUCUAUUGAAGGAUCAGGUGGAUGGCUGGGUGCGUGUGCGUCGUUUACCUGGGGAAGAGAUGGCAGCACUAUGGGAAGAAGGGCUCCUGAGUGGUCAGACGUCCCCGACCAAUGUGCGACUUGAGAGGCUGGACUCCCCACAGGUGCUGCAGCUGUGUGUACGAUACCAGGAUCACCUGCAUCAAUGCGCAGAAGCUGUAUCCUUCGACCAGAAUGCUCUGGUGAAACGUAUUAAAGAGAUGGAUGGUUCUGUAGAUACUCUUUACAGCUAUAUGCAAGAACGUCAGAAACGUUUUGCGAAGUAUGCAGAGCAGAUUCAAAAGGUGAAUGAAAUGUCUGCCAUCUUGCGACGCAUUCAAAUGGGCAUUGACCAAACCGUGCCACUAAUGGAAAAACUGAACGCCAUGUUGCCUGAGGGAGAGAGGCUGGAGCCCUUCUGCAUGAGUCCAGAGCAAGAGAACAAACCCUAACCCAUGUGUCAUUACUCCAGAGACUAUGUAAUCAGGGGAAAAACUGUCCCAUUUUUACUUUCAAAGAUGGAAUUUCUUGAAGGAUUAGUUAAACUAGAUCUGUCUAUCCUGGUUCUGUCUCAUGGUUGUUUCCUUUGAGAUAUCCUGCUUUUUGUUUCAGCAAUGAAUGAACUCAUGAAACCUGAAGCAGUUAUGUACACAUGUACUGGAUGCAAUUAUUUGCUCUUAUGUUAUGUUUUCUCAUACCUUUCAAGUAUUUUUUUAAAUUUUUUUUUGGGUGGGGGGAAAUAACUUGAUUGGGUGAGUGAGUUCUCAUAAAAGAUGGACUUGAGUUUAGAAUUCCAACCUCCCUGUUUUUCUUUGGAAAUGUACAUAGAAUUGGUAUUAUUUUAUCAAGUUAAACAUAAGUUAAGCCUGCAUUUUAAUGACAAUUUAAUUCAUGGUAGAUAUGUUGAGAAGAGAAUAAAGUAAAAUGAAACUGCUAUAAA